AUGGACAACUCCGAAACCAAGAAGCCGUGGAUUGAAACACCUCUGAUCUGGUCACGCACCUUGUCCAAGGCCGCAGGAUGCAAUGUCUUCCUGAAGCUGGAGAACACGCAGCCCUCGGGUGCCUUCAAGAGCCGCGGCAUCGGGCACUACAUGCAGCAAAGACUGCCAAAGAGCAACUCUCAAGCCAAUGGCCACACAGAGAGCGUCACCAGCACUCACUUCUUCUGCAGUUCGGGCGGAAAUGCCGGACUUGCUUGCGUGCAUGCGGCCGCUACUCUGGGAUGUCCUUCCACCAUUGUCGUUCCUAUGACAACGAAUGCCUACAUGAUCGGCAAACUACGAGACGCUGGUGCUAAGGAGGUCAUCCAGAUUGGCGCGUCAUGGUUCGAGGCUGAUCAGCAUCUCGUGAAUGAGCUACUGCCCAAGGCGAAGACUUCCGGAGAGAGCGCCGUAUACGUGCCUCCUUUCGAUCACCCAGACAUUUGGACUGGAAAUGCCACAAUGGUGGAAGAGAUCGUGAAGCAGCUACCCGUGGCUGAGCGCAGUUAUCCCGUCAAACCAACAUCUGCAUCCUCCAAGGAAACAGCACCCGAUGCGAUCGUGUGUAGUGUUGGUGGCGGAGGCCUCUUCUGCGGCGUCAUGCAAGGUCUCAGCACGUGCGCUCCCACGAGCAAGACAAAAGUCCUGGCUGUCGAGACCGUCGGCGCAGACUCUCUUGCCCAGGCCGUGCAAAAGCGCGAACUGGUCACACUACCCGCAAUCACGAGUAUCGCUACCACGCUCGGAGCACGUACCGUGGCUCGCCAAGCUUUCGCAUACGCCAGCAAAAGUGAAAAAGUCUGCACUGCCGUCUUGACGGACGCAGAAGCUGUUGACGCCUGCUUGCGUUUUGCUGACGACGAACGAAUGUUGGUCGAGCCCUCUUGCGGAGUCAGUCUGGCCGCAUGUUAUACUGGCAAGGUAAAGCAAUACCUACCCGACCUGAACGUAGACAGCCGGGUUGUAAUCGUCGUCUGUGGCGGCAGUAAUGCAAGCUUGCAAGGGCUUGCAGACUACAAGAGACAAUUUUCCGAUUGA